ACAGAAAAACCGGUGACACCAACAUCUCGACAGCUGUCAACACCAACUGAACCGGGGAAUGGACCAACUAUAAACGUUACUAAGUUGAUCGCUAAUUUACUCGUGGGCUAUGAUAAAAGGCUUCGUCCCAACUUUGGAGGUAAGUAGGAAGAAUGUAGUGCUUUUGGGUCUUUUUGAGUCUGUGAGUUACUCAGAAAGGAAAGAUCUGAAAUGGAAAAGUAAAAUUAUCUAAAAAAUGUCGGGUUGUUAUAACGCUCUUUCUCUAAUUCGGAAACUUAAGAGGUUUUCUCUCUGCAUUCAAGGUUAGGAAACAACUAGCCGAAAGUCUCGUACUUUCUAACUAUAUUAUAACGACACACCACCUUCCUAAUUAUGUAUCGGUCAAAUCGAAGCUUCAACAUGCCCCCCCCCGGGCAUACCCCGGGCAUUUGACACCUUUGCCGUCCCAGGGAGGAGGGAAUUUGAUUAUCUGAGUCUUCCAGGGGGUGGGGAAUUUGAUCCCCAUGCUUUAGCGGUGGGGAAUUUGAACUGCGCCCUCGAUUUCAUGUAAAAUCUUUGGCGUGGCGAGCUAUCAUUGGGGACGCGGUGUUAGAGGAUUUUGGUGGAAAAGAUUGUGCCUUUGUGGCCAAUUGGUUACAAGGAAAGAGCUUAAACAAGCUUUGUGCCGUUUUUGAAGUAUUUAAAUUUUAAAUUUUUUAAUAUUGGAUUCAGGCUUUGAAUGUAUGAAUGUAUGUUGUUGUUGUGUUUACAAUGAAAUACAAUACCUAUACCAGCGAUUCAAUGCAACAACAUAACUGUAAAAUAAAAUAAAAUAAAAUAAAAAGCUCAUGUCAUCUACUUUGACCUACUGCAAGUAUGUUAAUUUAUACAGUGAGCGAUGAUGCAUGUCAGUGAAAUGGUCAGGAUGUAGUAAUCUCAAUAGGUGGGAUCUUUUUUAUAGAACGCUCUGUAUGUUGCAUGAUGAAGAUAAGCUGAGCAUUCAGUGACCUUGUAGCGGCGAUUUCCGCCGCUUUGCACGAGUUUUUUUGUUCGUAGUAAAUACGCUAACAGUGACUCUCAGUUUUUGUUAUAUUUUUAAAGAUUUUUUGUUAUAUUUUUCUAAAGAUUUUUGUUCCGUCUCGCGCCAUCAACGUCAAUUGCGUUUCGUUUUGCUCGACGGACUACAGAAAAAAAAAGAGACUGCUCGUAGUCUACAACUUAAGGCAUUUCCGCCGUCCUUCUGUCAUUUUUGUGCCUGUGAAAUGUCCCCGGGGUGGGGGCAUUUGAUCACCUGAAUGGACCCUGGUGUGGGGCAUUUGAACGGCAUUUUGGCCCGGGUAGGGGGGAAUUUGAACAAUAAUUUUCAAAAAAGUCAAAUGCCCGGGUGGCUGCCCGGGGUGGGGGGGGGGGGCAUGUUGAAGCUUCGAUUUGACCGAUAAAUUACCUCAUUCGUCGCUUAGAGCGUGUCCAAAUCGCAGCCGCCAGUUUUGUUCUUAAUCGUUAUGCGACCAUGUACCUGGGCUGGCUACCCGUAACUUAUAACAUGGAGCUCAACUUCUGCAAAACGGUAUUCAAAGCCCUUGAUAAUGAAGACUGGCCACCGUACCUCCGGCUCGAGUUACGAGAACCGGCGGAAUUUAAAUUAAAUCUUGCUGUUGCCUGUUCCAGACGAAAUUAAACUGGUUAACUCCGUCUGCGAAACAGGCGACUUCCAGCUUACCCAAGACAGCCACGACCAGUUAAAAAACUUUGCGUCUUUUCAGGUUGAAGGGAAAUUCGAAACGCACUUCCGGUAAUUCGUUGAGUCCGUUGGGGGUUCAACCGCAGACCUUAGUUAUCGUCUGCAAAGGCAAGACAGUACCACGCGUCUUUCAAGACCAUCAAAACUUGCACGGCGAGAGCCACCUUCGUACGCAAAUGCAAAGAGCUUUAAGUAUCCCUUUUCAAAACUAGCCUGUGACCCUCUUUUUAUGUAAACGGAUAUAUUUUCCCUUUCAGAGUUCUACCCAUUGUUCAAAUUUUUUAGUUAGUGUUAAUAAUUAGUUCUUAUUAUUAUUUACCAUUUUUCUUGUUAUAUAAGUUAUAUAAGUUUUUUGCUUACAUGGCAUUCUCCUAGAUACAAGGAAAGCUACAGUAGGGUAGAAUGCUCGCGUUCAAUAUCACUGUUGAAAAAGGUUUGCAAGAACAACUAAAGAGCACCUCAGGGCCUCCAGUUCCGGAAGCAUUUGAAUUCGUUGCCUCUGAUUGGGCAUGGAUUACAUGUCUGUUUUCUCGUUCGUUUGAUUCAUUCAAUAGGCCAGAGUCAAUUACUACUAUCAAAGUAUGUUGAACAACAAUUUGACAAUCGCUCAAUCACUUCUUCCAUCGUUUUAGUCAAUGAAUUGAUCAGCCAGUGAGCCAAUGAACCAAUCAAUCAAACAUGCAAUCAGUCGAUAUUGUAGCAAAAAACAAAAUUAAUUAUAUCCGUUUGUUUUGCCGCAGGUGAACCUGUGAAUGUGUCUGUGACUGUUUUCGUCGAGUUCAUCGGAGAUAUUGACGAAAUCAACAUGGUAUGUUUGUUAUGUUAUUAUGUUAUUAUGUCGAGGACUCUUAGUCAGUUUAUAUAUCGCAAUACCAUGAAAUUUACCAACACAAGAGCGCGCAAGCCAUUAGAUAUCAACAGGAGCCUAUCAAAUAGGCUCCUGAUAUCAAUUAUUUCAAAAGUAUAAAACUUAUUGAUUGUGCGUUUUUGAGUCAUAUAAGGGAAAGUUCAUUUAAUAUGACAGGGGCGGGAUGAAGAUAUUGAGGGGGAGCUCCGAAAAUUUUGAGCCACCCGAAGGGGGGGCUCUGAAAAAAUUGUUGCGCUAGGAGGGGGGGCUCCGAAAAUUUGUAUACUUCAAAACCAACACAUGACAUCAUCAUACAGAUCGGAUGGUUUUCAACUCAACAAUUUAAUGACCUGUGCAACUCAGCUAUAUCACGUGGUUUACAGAUAUAACAAAUGUAGUCUCAGUAAUUAUUACACUCUUGUUCAUCCCAAAAAUGCUUUAGAAAAUUGUAUCACAACUGUAUCUCAAGUUUGUCAUAGUAUAAACCAUUGAAGACAAUAACGGUAAAUAUAUUUAAUACAGUCUAGCGAUCUUUUUCAGGGGAGCAAAGGAAUUGAAGGAGGAGGGGGGGCCUGAAAUUUUUUUCGACUACCAAGGAGGGGGGGCUCUAAAAAAUUGAACCGCUAGCGAGGGGGCUGCUAAAAUUUCAAGCUUCGAGUUUCAAUAUCUUCAUCCCCCCCUUGUCAUAUUAAAUGAACUUUCCCUAAGCACUUGACAAUUUUUCAAGACACGCGAGAAGUACAAAUUUCCUGGGGCUGAUGUCUCACUUACCAACCCCGUGUCGUGUUUUGGAAAGGACGGCGUCAUUGCUUAUUCAACCCAACUAUUCACUCAAGACGCUUUUUUUUCUGAUCGAAAUAUCAUAAAAAAUAAAAAUGAAAUAUCCAGAUUCGUAUCCCUAGAAGCCAUUGAACAAACUGGGUUCUUUUUCAUUUAUUUGAACAGGAAUUUACCACAAUCAUGUACUUUCGUCAGUACUGGAUGGACAAACGUCUGCAAUAUAGCAAUACAGGAUACUCCAAGAGACUUGCCUUCAAUCCACAAAUGCUCAAAUUUAUCUGGGUACCCGACACUCACUUCCCUGGCAUCAAGGAUGGUCUCAAACAUGAUAUCACGGAUACUAAUGAAGUGAUCCGGUUAUGGCCAAAUGGAUCAGUGCUGUACAGUAUGAGGUGAGUGAGGACUGGAUAUGAGCAUUAAUUCUCCCGGGGGGGAGAGGCUACUUGGGUUAAUUUUUGCUGGGUAUGUGUCGUUGGCCUCUCAGAACCCCUACCCCAUCAUUUUCUAUUCUAUAGCCAAAUAUAGACCCCAUCUUGGUCACUUUUGGGAAAAUGUACUUUUCACGAUCCCAACUUAGUAACUUUCUGUUCAUGCAUGUACCUUAUAAAUCCUUUUAGCUAGGUCAUCCUGAAAUGACUUGACACAUUAUUUAAACUUGAUGUAGUAAAAAUCUUCCCAUCUUCUGAUCCCCCAGAUCCCGAAAAUGUGCGUUCCCAUUCCAGUAACUCUGAUAAAAUUGCAACCCCAUUCGUGAAAAUGCAACCCCAUCCAGCGGGACAUCCCCAUUAGCCUGUUACUAGGAAGUACCCCCCGGGAUUUAUUCUUGGGCUCAAGAUGUCUGAACAUCGAAAGUUCUUUUCUUUUGCGGUUUCACAGACCGGAGAUUAAGUCGAGGCUCACAAAAGUGCAGAAAAAGAACGAAGCCAAUAUCUAGAUAGCCAUUUUGACCAGACAAACAAAGAAUUUAUUACAUGGCCAAGUUCGACCAACUGCAAGGCUCCCUUGCCCGAGUGGGCAUGAUAGAUCUACUUUUGCUUAUGAAAACAAAAGACGUAGUUUUUUAAACUUUAAAUUUGGCUGUAGAACAGAAUUACUGAUCAUAAUUUCUCCCAAUAUUUUCUUUUUCAAAGGCUCAAGGUAACAUCCCAGUGUCCUAUGGACUUGAGAAACUUUCCUAUGGAUAAACAGAAGUGCCGUCUAAACUUAGAAGCUUGUAAGUCAAUUCUUCGUCUUUUUAACAGGCGCAUGGCAAGUAUGGGAGACAAGAAGGAGGGGUUCUCCCUCGCAGGUGCCGCUCUUGAGGUCAAGGUGGUUACCGUACACAUUUAUCAAGUUCCUCAGUUUCUGGAUUUUCAAAUCGAUCAAGGCGAAUUCGACAUCCAUCAUAAGAAUUCAUAGAAUAACCAAGCCAAAUAGUCUUGUCAUCUUGACCGAAAAAAAAUUAUGAAGCGCUUUCUCAUAUCCUAUAAGAUAAACUUUUGUGACGUCUCUUCGUUACCAUCUUCUUUUUGGCUGGAAUUUUACUAGACUUUCAGUUUUUAACUGGACACUUUCCUUAAAACUAAGCAAAUAUCUUAAACGUAAAACUUGAUGGCUUCGCAUACGCUACAAAAAUAGAAUCACACGUACCAUACAAUAUUUUCCUUGAUUCAAGGGGAAAAUCGUCCACCUUUUUUUUUACAUUUAAGUUUUUAGUAUCUUCUUUAAAGUUGUUUGAUAAUAUCAUUAACUCUAUAGGGGGAGUUCCUCUGGGAGGGUUGUUGGAUGGAAGGAGAUCCUCUACCUAUUGGGUAACUGAUCAGAAUUUCGACCGUCACGUUUAAGAAAGCAUCCGUGAUUGUAUCCUACCUUCGUAAUUAACCUGAUCGAUAUUUCUUUUUCAACGUCCAGUCAGUUAUGAUGACAAGGAAAUGACCCUGAACUGGCACAAAACGAACCCUGUGACAGUAUCAGAGAGCAUUCAAAUCCCCAGCUACACUUUGUCUCAUCACCGAUGGUAUUCAGCAGUUGAGGAAUUCACAACUGGUGAGCGUCUGAGAUUUUGAUGUCUAUACCUUGAGCUUAAUCAUAAUAAUAAUCAUUAUAAUCUUAAAAAAAUAUUCCCCGCCCUUUUUUGAUCCAUUAACUCUUAUCACGAGACGCAGAAGUUUGUGCAUUUCAUACUACACAGCAGGUCACAUUGGGAGAGUCAUCUUGGCUUUCUAAACUUUAUCAUCCAGUAAAAACCAUAGGAUGAAAUCUCCGCACUAGCUUAGCACUUUACCUGUCUGCACAUGGUUUGUUUUCACGACGUUUCGUAAUGACACUGAGAGCACGCAAUAGGAUGCUGGGAUUUUAUAAAAAAUUUACAAACGAAUUAGAACGGACUUCGGAUGCAAGGUUCAAACGUUGAAAAUUGGCCUCAACAAAAUAUUUUAGAGCAUUCUCCUUUCGACAGCGUUGGUUGCUAAAAAUGAACAGCUAAGGAAACUUCAUACGCAUGCGCCAAUCAGAUUAAUAAACUGAAAACACAUUAAAACGAACCCCCACUGCCUAGAACCUAGACGUCUCUCUCUCGAUGAAAAUGUGCGCACAAAGGAAGGCGGGAAGGAGGAAACGGACAUCGCCUCUCUUCUUUCUCCUUCCCAUGGUCCCUUGUACUACGUCACCAGUCACUCGCGUGUCACUCGCGUUUUGCGCCCGCCUCUGUGCGAAAAAUCGAAGCGCCUGAGGAGGUUGCAGGAACCCAUAUUUACCAACCAACCCUUCGGUAUAGUGAAUGAUAGUGUUCCCUUCAAUUAUAACGAACGAUUUUUGCUUUCCCUCUGCUCUCAACAGUAUACUCGUAUAAUGUUGUGUAGUGCUUUAAAUGAAUUUGUGUUACACUUGUUUGACAGGGGACUACUCCUUACUGACUAUCGAAUUUGAUUUGCAUCGUCGCCUGGGAUUCCACAUGAUUCAGGUACAACUAUUUAGAUAUGCAUAUAGCAGGCCUGGAGAACAAGGUGUCCAGCAACCUCGUUCCCAGAGACCUCUUCUACCCGUCCCCCGGAGCGAGUCUCUGGCUCCAGGGGACUGUAACUAGCAAGCAGUCACACCUAAUGGGAAUAACGUCUCUAAAAUUAUUUGCAAGUGUAAAGAUUCACCGCAUUACCUCGACUGCUGGCAACUUAUUGACCAAGAAUUGACCGUUAGAGCCUAUAGCAUGAUCAAUAGGCCUCACUUCAAUAGCUGGGUAGCGCUAUUCAGUCAACUGGAUUAGUCACUACCGAGCUGGCCCUAGCCGUUUCAAAAAGGUGGAUAACACUACAUCCACCGGAUAAAUCUCGGUCCGCUGGAUACCGUGAUUAAUUUUUCUAAUAUUUGUUUGCUGGAUGGUGAAUUAUCCUAUGGAUAGAGCUAUCCCACGUUUGCACAACUGGGCCUUGAUAUGUGUUAGGGAAACCAAUUUUAAUAUCUGCUGUAAAGAGUUUUAAAUUUUUUUACAUUACUUAAGACUUAAAAAUGCCUCCUUUCAUUGAGAAAUUAGCCUAUGUGUAUCCAUUAUUAUCAAGUACCAAGAGCCCACUUUCGUAUUUUCUCGGAUAUUUAUUUGUUAUCCGCAUGCGUCGUUCUUUUUGCAGAUUUAUCUUCCAUGUUACUUAAUCGUGACUUUGGCCUGGGUGAGUUUCUGGGUGGAUCGUGAGCAAACAGCUGCUAGGAUUGCCAUGGGGAUCACCACUGUACUCACCAUGGCAACGCUGAUUGGUAGUGCCAGGACCUCCCUGCCAAAGGUUUCCUACGUCAAAUCCCUCGAAUGGUUCCUGAUGAUGUGUUUUCUGUUUGUUUUCUCCGCCAUUCUGGAAUAUGCCUUUGUGUCAUACCUGGUGUUCAAAAAUCGAGAAAAGGAGCGAGAGAGGGAGAUCAUGCACAAGAAACAUGACGAUGUAAGUAUAUUAAGAAAAUAUGGAAUAGGUGAAUGAUCGAGCGCACUUCCUUAAAAAAUGUUUGUUUCGCUCCAUGUAACGAAAUCUAAGACUGUCUUGAAUUCUGGAUUCCUUGCCAUGGAUUCUGGGAUACAGUACUGGAUUGCGGAUUCUUUGUCAGUGGAACUUAGAUUUCGGAUUCUAAUCGUUAGUGAAAGUCCGGAUUCCUUUUUUCCAGAAGAAAAGUUUCCGGAUUCCCUAACAUGGGGCGAUAUGUUAAUACAAACUUUUAUAUAACCAGAGAUGUAUUGUUGGGCCGGCCGAACUUCAUGAUCACGCUAUACGAUUAUUGAAGUUUGUUGCUUUAUUAACCCAUAUUUGUUUCUCUCAAUCUUACCUGUUCAAGGCAUCUCAAACUCCAUAACAGGAACUUGAAAAGUGGUUUUUAAAACUAGAAUUGUAGCUGCUUUUACCCUCAAAGCCAUGUGUCAACUAAAUGUCAGCCAUCUUUGUUUAUUCUUUCUUCACCAGGAAAACACAUUCGAGGCUGCCGAGGAAAACAUGGACAACGACAAACCACCCCAGUCCCCCGGCAGUCGCCAAUCUUCAGGGCAGGAAGCGGUCUGGAUCCCAGGAAAAAAUCAGGUGGAGACAGUGAUGAAGCCAGGAAGAUGCAAGUGUUCAACCAAAUCGGCCCAGGAAGUGGACCACUAUGUCAAAAUCCUCAACACCGUGGAGUUUUUCUCCAGGUUGCUCUUCCCGAUUGUGUUCAUUUUUCUGAAUAUUGCCUAUUGGCUUUACUAUGGCGGAAUUCUGAAGUAA